CGUACGCAUGCGCACUAAAGAAAAAUUAGUACGAGAGGGAAUGGGAACCAGAGUGAAAGUCAAAACAAAAUGGACGACGAGGAGAUUUUUCUAUACCUCUCUUUAAUAAUAUUAGUACGCCUUUUUCGUGACAAAAUAAAGCGAAAAAGCAGAAGACCGAAAAGAUUUUGGAUUAGAGACAUUUAUCGUCACAGAAGGAGACAAGGAGAGUUUAAUAAUCUAGUCAGGGAAUUACGGUUUGGCGAUAGAGAGAUGUACUUCAGGUACAUGAGAAUGUCCCCUGAGAAUUUUGAUUAUUUGCUGUCAAUAGUGGGUCCACACAUUAGAAAAAAUACAACUAGAAUGAGGCAAGCUAUCGAACCUGCAGAAAGACUUGCAUUAACUAUCAGAUAUUUAGCCUCUGGGAACUCACAACAAAGCAUGUCCUUUGCAUACAGAAUUGGAAGGACAACUGUUAGCAAUAUCAUACAAGAUACCUGCUUGGCCAUCUGGGAUGCUCUUAGUGAAACGUAUUUGAGACCACCAAGUACAUCUGAAGAUUGGAAACAUAUCGAAGAAGACUUUAGUAGCAUCUGGAAUAUGCCCCAUUGUGUGGGGGCUAUAGAUGGAAAACACAUAGCCAUUGAAUGUCCAGGAAACACAGGAUCACUCUAUUAUAAUUACAAAGGCUUUUACUCAAUCGUAUUGAUGGCUGUUUGUGAUGCUCAUUAUGUGUUUUCACUUGUUAAUGUUGGUGACUAUGGAAGCAAUAACGAUAGUGGGGUACUACAAAAUUCCCCAAUAGGAAAAGGUCUGGAAAACAACACCUUGGGAAUACCAGAUCCAGAACCACUGGAUGGCUGUAAUAUUCAACAGCUUCCAUACUUUUUGGUAGGAGACGAGAUUUUUGGUUUGAAAACAUGGAUGCAGCGGCCAUACCCAGGACGUGGUAUUUCAGAGAGCCAAAGGAUAUUUAACUAUCGCUUAUCCCGAGCCAGACGUGUCAUAGAAAAUACCUUUGGCAUCCUAAGGGCUAGGUGGGGAAUUUUUGCUCAUGCAAUUAAUGCUUCAGUUGAAACUGCAAUGUCAAUCACAAAAGCAGCAGUGUGCUUACACAAUUUUCUCAGACAAACCGAAAGUGCAGGAUACUGUCCCAAUGGCUUCUGUGACAGCGAAGACAGCAGUGGGAAAAUCAAGCCUGGGCAGUGGAGGAAAGAGGUACCAAGAGAAGGCAGUGGAGCUAUGAGCCACAUGGCCACUUUAARGGGUAGGAGACAGUCCAAUUCUGCAAUUGAAGUACGAAAUGCCUUGAAGGAUUAUUUCUUAUCUGACAAAGGUCAAGUGCCAUGGCAGUGGGACUAUGUACGAAGUAGGGGACCAACAUACUAGCCUACUAGCCUCGAUCCUACAACCUGAAUUCAGAGUCUAUGAUUAUUGUUAAAUGAAUUUAGAGUCUGUUAUUAGUCAUCAUCAAAUUUGUUUUUUUUUAUGAAUAUUGUCAUUGCAUACUGGGUCAGGUAGAAGGGACAAGCUACUAACAUAUUCACAAUGGGCUGUACCUUAACAAUAUCACCAGCCCCCCUGUGACAUAAUAAACAGUCUCUAAGGGACAGUUCAUUUGAUAUGACGAAGGGGGAAUGAAAAGGGGACCUGAUAUUUUA